CCGCCCCGGAGCCGGGGCACCGCGGGGUGCCGGGCUGGCCCCAGGCGGGAGCGGACGGGACGAGGCCGCGCCGCCCCCAGCGCUCGUUCCGGUUCCGGCGCGCGGAGCAGGGCGGGAGGCGGCGGAGGCCAUUAACGGAGAGCAGCGCGGGCGAGCCACAGCACUGCAGCCAUGUCGAUUGGAGUGCCGAUCAAGGUCCUGCACGAGGCCGAGGGCCACAUCGUGACCUGUGAGACCAACACAGGAGAAGUUUAUCGAGGCAAACUUAUCGAAGCUGAAGACAACAUGAAUUGUCAGAUGUCCAACAUAACAGUGACCUACAGAGAUGGACGGGUGGCACAGCUCGAGCAGGUAUACAUCAGGGGUAGCAAGAUACGGUUCCUUAUCUUACCAGAUAUGUUGAAGAAUGCUCCUAUGCUAAAGAGCAUGAAGAAUAAAAACCAGGGUUCUGGAGCUGGGCGAGGGAAAGCAGCUAUUCUCAAAGCUCAAGUGGCUGCAAGAGGAAGAGGCCGUGGUAUGGGCCGUGGCAACAUCUUCCAGAAGAGAAGAUAAUUUUGGUCUUGGCCGAAUUGCUUUUUUUAUUAGGGGCUUUAACUUGACUCUGUGUGCAUUGGUAUCAGUUUUGUUUAAUAAAUGUUUCUGACAAAAACUCGUCUGCUCUUACCUGACAGGACAAUUCUUGGGCAAAUACACUGUAGGUUGAUUUCAGACUCAAGGCACCUUUGGAAAAUAGUGGACUUUAUUAUAUCUAGUUUUGACCACUUUGUGUGACGCAUUGGUUUUUCAAGAUCAUUAUGUUUCCUUUUUCUAGUUUAGUCCUGCUGUCAUUUAUUCUCUAAAAAAUUAGAAGGCAUUCUUAAUGAAGAAUUUUAAGUCAUACAUGAUAAAGUCUUAUUAGGAGCUGCAUUUUUGGAAAAAACAGCAAAACAGAGGCAGCUUCCUGAGAAGCAGAGCACUGUGUUCUUUAGCUUUAUAUGGACAACAAUAGAUAGAGGGCUAUCUUCAGAUCUCUAUAUUGAACUUGUAUUCUUGCAUUUCUUAUCUUUCUCUUUGGAUAUGGGGAGAAUUUUUCAUUAGGAACACACAACUUUGAUAGCCUGAAUCUAUAUUUGCAGUGAAAAAACUUAUUCUGACUUUCUUAGCAGUUUUUCCCUGUGUCUGGGAAAAGAUGACAGAACAUAAAAUAGGUGUUUUCCAGGAUAAGUGUGAAAUGCUUUGUAGAUUUGAAAGGCAGUGCAGGUGUAUGAGGAAAGUUUUAUAAUAGUAAUCCAUUAAACACAGCUCAAUCCAAAUGCUGAUGUUUUGAACAAAAUUCACUAUCAACUUCAGCUUUUGAUCUUAUUAUCUACACACAGUUGUGUAUAGAUCAGCUGAUCUGCAGGAAGCAAAAUGCAGUUGUAACUUCAUUAAAGUGUAGUGUGGGUGUUUUUACUGACUUAAAUGGUUGAAAUGUUUCAAUGUAACCCUUGUGUACCUAAUCACGUCCUUACCUACGGUCAAUUACCAGUCUGUACACACACAAAAGAGCUGCUCUUGCUUCUCUGCCUGGAUGCUGUGAAGACUCUCCCUUGUGUGCAGACAGGAAAGUUGAACUAAUGUAUUGACUUGUUGAAUUGUGUGUAAAUAAAGCUGUAUUUGGUCUCUA